UGUUCAGAAACCGCAGGUCUGGCCAGAAUGACCGCCUGUCUGGGGUCAGUGUGGCUCUUCACUAUGGUUCAGAGAGUGAAGACGACGCCGUUCUCUCUGGCUCUGUUUGCUACGACGAGGGAGAGUCCGAAGCUGAGAGUCAGAGUUCCAGUAUGGAGAUGAGCAACCCAAUCUUCCAGUUAUAUGAAGCUGUGAGAGGCGCCAGGAACAACCAGGGCCAAGUCUUCUCCGAACCGUUCCAGCAGCUGCCGUCUCGCAGGGAGUACCCUGAUUAUUACCAGCAGAUCAAACAGCCAAUCGCUCUGCAGCAGAUCAGGGCAAAGAUGAAGAACGGUGAAUAUGAAAAUGUGGAGCAGAUGGAGUAUGACCUCAAUACGAUGUUCGAAAAUGCAAAACGCUACAACAUGCCUAACUCAAGCAUCUACAAGCGGGCCUUCAGGCUGCAGCAGAUCAUGCAGGUAAACAGACAUUUAUCCAACCUGUGUGUGGUUCUUCUGCUGACCCUCUAGGG